AUGGCCGUCUUCCUCUCCGUUGGGUUUGAGAAUCUUCUCCAGAUCAAUCCGUUUGCAGGCUCCCUGAGAUCCAAUCAGACCUCGCGGCAGCCUGAAUUUUGCUGUGGUCCCUGGAGCUCUAUGGGACACUGGAAGAUCCUUACCCUGAAAAACGAGGACAUAGAACAUACUAAAUACAGCUCAUCUCCCUUAGAUUGGAUCACCCUGGAGACCAACGUUGCUUACCGGUUCCAUUCCAGCUCAGGGGUGAUCUUACUGGAUUUUUAUGUGGGAAUAAAAGAAUCCAGGCUUUACAAGAGCACGCACAGUGCUUUGGUGGUGGCCUGGAUGUCUUCCAUCUACCUGAUGUACCACAUCUUCCGCCCGCUCACCUAUGGAGAACCAGCACUCUCAAAAUCCGAGUUACAGACUCUACGUUGGAAGGAUAGCUGGGAUAUUUUGAUCCGCCAACGCUGACCAAGCCCGAGAGAAACGGACGGCAGAGACGACAUCCGGG